CAUUAUGAAACAAGGUAGGUCAACGGGGAAGUUGAGAAGAGAACCUCCCUUGUGCGACUCUACGUAAAGGCCCUUCGCGUAUCCCAGCCUUUUUUACCUACAUCGAAUAUCAAGCAUUCAAUCCCCUCGUCAGUAGUGUCACGUGCAUCCCUUAUACAAGUGCCUGUCUAAAACGCGUACCAUCCCAAUCGCAGAUGCAAGGGUUGUAUCUCCAACACAAAGCACCUCGUUACUCCAGCAGCCAAUCGGACUAAUUGCUACGACGUUGACCAUGUUGUGUAGCUGCUUCGCUAUAUUUCAUUCAUCCGCCAUUUCGUCGUCAGGAAUACUCAAGCUAGCCUGACCAACCCUUCUGGUACCCAGCUGUAGUUAAAGUAGCUACUCGACGAGAAGUGACCAAGAUUUAUCUAUUGUUUACAUUAUUCUCGGCUUAUGUAACUAUCAUGGAAGUGCCUACCCUUAUGACAUGAACUAUCUUUUAUGCCAGUCAUCCCUUAUGCUUCUGCUGCUGUUUAUCUUGUAAGUAAAGCCCUCUCGUGCUAUUAUCUGUAGGUUUGAUAUAAAGACUGGUUAUUAUUAAUGGGCUUGAGAUUUCCCUGUAACCCUAUUAGCCUAAGCUCAGCCAAAUCUGGAGGUCCUCUUAUAGGGGUUUAUAUAAAUAUAUAAAGUGUCCCUAGCAUCUCGUCGAAUAUGCGAGAGUACCCGAGAGGACCAGAAACAAAGUGGCGUAGGGAAUAAGGUGGCAGUACUCGCGUAGCUGAGUCACACGAUAUACAAGGGGGUGGAAGGGAAAGUGUACGAAGUAAGGGGAAGUAGUGAAGAGGUAUUUUUUUAAAUAAAGUAAAAAAAGUGAAAAAGAAGGAAAUAUGGGUAGGAAAAGUGGCUCGAGGCGUGUAACGAGAAACAUGGGUAUAGGGGUGAGGGCAUGAAAGGAGUAAAUGGGGUGGAUCGAAAGUACCUGUAUCUAGUGACAGAGAUGGUAGUCUAGUAGUCUAGUAGUCUAGUAGUCUAGACCAACGAGCUUGGUAACAUUAGUAGAGAUAGCUUUUCUACUCCGGAUAAGGCGGACAGAGAUGAAAGUAAAAAUGGAAACUAUCCAGGAGAUGAAGAAGAUGCAGAGGAUCUAGUACUAUUCCGUUGGUCAAUUUAUAUCUGCAGUAUCCUCGUAAUGGAUGUGGCGCUAAACGUGUACGAGGCCUAAAUAAUCGUAUAAUGGAUGAAGAACGUGUAUAAGGGAUACAACCCUUGGGUCUUUGGAAGUAUGAUCACGUAUGGUCCACGUGCUGUCAUAGUCUCUUGGUCUCAGUUAUCGAAACUUUAUAACCAAUUAAAUCGAACAGCUGGAACUGCGUUACAAGACUUCACGACUCUGAUGAGGUCAACGAAGAGGAGGAGCAGGUUGGCCGUCGCGCACCGAUAUCUCGCCGCCGGAGGCUGAUUAUGUCGUCCAGUGGCCAUUCGAGCUUCUCUCGUUUCUCUCUCUCGUUCCCUCCCAGCAUCCCAUCUCUCUUAUUCCUUCUCUCCCUCACAUUUCCUCUUCAGAUCCUGGGAGUGCUUGGCGAAGAUGUCAUCCGUGAUCGUAAUACGCAGCCUGCCCUUCAGGAACCGGAGGAUCAAGUGGGCAAAAUUCUUCACACCACCACCCCGAUUGAAAGCCUUAUGUUGAAUUUUACUAAAUCUGAUGAAAAUGGACCAGUUAAUCUUACCAGUAACUUUCGUAUUGGCGACGCUGGCGACGCCUUUGACAAUAUCUCAGAGUUUAAUGGAGAUAGAAUAUUUUUUAAUCAGAGUUACCAUAGCACUUUUCUAGGCGACGAUACAAACGGUACCUGGAGGAUCAAGAGUGAUGGGAGUGAAAGUACGUUUUUCAGCGAAAGUUUCACUGAUGUUUCAUCAUCCAAUAUCACGAAGGAGAUUGAUGAAUCCAUUUUGGAGAACGAGCCACCAUUUACGGGAUUUGACGGCUCGCAAAAAUUUCCAGUGAGAGCUACGCAUAAGCCACAACCGGUACCUGAGAAAUUCGACAGGCGCCAUUUUGGACCGGCUAAAAUCGAAGAGGAAACGACUUCCGGUUUACCGGUCAUACUUCCUUCUCCGGAUCUUCCCAAGAGUCCCAGUCGGGAUGCUCCUCAUCUUAGAAGAAAAGUAGACGAGGACAAUCACAAGAUGUCAACCCUUAUUCACGAGAUAAUGACAAUUCGAAAUCCUACCACGGAAGACGUUACCGGUAGUAUCAGUACCACAGAAGCGGAGAGAGAGAUAGUACCAGAGGCUGAUAAGAUUAACAUAACAAUUCUGGGCCUGUUCGAACUAACCCAAAAUUCAGAAGCCAGACCGGAAGGUCCCAGCGAACUCCAAGCAGCUCGACUAGCAGUUGACAGGGUCAACGAAAUGGGUAUUCUCUCGAAAUUUCGACUGCAACUAAUUCACAAUGACACUAUGUGCGAUCCAGGUGUGGCAGUAGAUCGAUUCUUUCACGCGCUCUACUCGCGCAAGAGUGCCCCUAUGCCUCUUCUCCUGGGAACGGCAUGCUCUGAGGUCACAGAGACCCUGGCCAAGAUCGUUCCGUACUGGAACAUUGUCCAAGUCUCCUUUGGCUCCACAGCUCCGGCCCUGUCGGACUCCACCGAGUUCCCAUUAUUUCUGAGGACAGUCGCACCAGACUCCAGUCACAAUCCUGCCAGGAUCGCCCUGAUCAAGCACUUCGGCUGGGACACCGUAACGGCUCUAUCGCAAAACGGCGACAUGUACUCUCUGGCAGUGAACGACCUGGUCACGGAAUUGGAACAGGCUAACAUCACGUGUACAGCUACUAUCACUUUUGCCGAGAACGACUAUAAAGACCAGCUCAGGACUCUUAAGGAAUUGGAUACGCGCAUAAUUAUUGGCAGUUUCUCACCGCGUCUGGCACCAAAAGUCUUCUGUGAGGCCUGGAAACUCGGUAUGCAUGGUGGUGACUAUGCGUGGAUUCUACCGGGUGACACAAUCGAUUUAUCAGGUAUGACCGGUGACUGGUGGCACAUUGGACCCGAGGAUUGUUCCCCGUCGCAACUUUCCCAAACUUUGGAUGGUCUUAUAAUAGUCAAAAGUCACGGGACCGUCCUGGCAAAUGAUAACAGCUAUUCUGGAAUGACGAGCGCGGAAUUCUCAUCGGAAUUGGCGAAACGCGGCGUGACCAUAUCGCGAUACGCAGCGCAGACUUACGACGCCAUCUUGGCAAUGGCUCUAGCACUAACCAAAACAGAGGCCCUCUUGAAUCGCAAGAAUACAAGCCUGGCCCAGUACAGUCACUCGCGAAAGGAUAUGGCGUAUGAUCUACUGGACGAACUUCGUCGGCUGCACUUCGUGGGAGUUUCUGGACCGGUAUCAUUUGAUGGGGCUGAUCGGGUUGGCAUCACUGCUUUUUAUCAGAUGCAGGGACAUUCGAUCAGAAGGAUAGCCAUUUUUACACCAGACAAUGGCAAGCUUAGGAUGGAUUGUCCAGGGUGUGCAGCCACCAGAUGGCCUGGAGGUCAUCCACCUGCAGCUCGUAGGGUAUUUCGACUAAGGGUAGUCACUGUGGCACCUGCUGCUUUCCUGGCGAUGACGUGCUUAGCCAGUAUUGGCGUGACCCUGGCUCUAGCAUUUCUGGCAUUUAAUCUACACUUUAGGAAGCAUAAGAGUAUAAAGCUAUCUAGUCCGAGGCUAAAUAAUAUGGCAGCUGUGGGAUGUGCCCUAGUCUACGGAGCAGUUAUCCUCCUAGGUCUGGACCAUGCCACGCUUCCUGAUAGCGACGGUUACUUCCCAACAGUAUGCACGGCCAGAGUAUAUCUAUUGUCUGCUGGAUUUUCUCUUGCGUUCGGAUCAAUGUUCACCAAAACAUACAGAGUGCACAGAAUCUUCACCAGGAGCAGAAGCGGCGUGGUGAAAAACAAACUGCUACAAGAUACUCAGCUGAUCAGUUUAAUAUGUGUAUUACUAUUGAUCGAUGGUCUGGUAGUGACUUUAUGGGUGACGAUGGAUCCAAUGCAAAGGCACCUGCGCAAUUUGACCUUAGAAAUUAACGCCCAGGAUCGCGGGGUGGUCUACCAACCUCAGGUAGAGGUUUGUCGAUCUCAGCAUACGAAUGGCUGGCUCGGCGCACUUUACGUUUACAAGGGACUCCUAUUGGUCGUUGGGGUCUACAUGGCCUGGGAAACAAGACACGUCAAGAUACCUGCCCUUAAUGACUCCCAGUACAUCGGCAUGAGCGUUUACUCCGUAGUAAUCACUUCAGGGAUUGUGGUUGUUUUGGCGAAUCUGAUGUCCGACAGAGCUACCCCUGCAUUCGUUACUAUUACGGCUCUGAUCUUGGCCUCGACUACAGCCACCCUGGUACUACUCUUCCUACCCCAAUUGGCCAAUAUCUUAGCUGGUGAAAGAGCCGAUCCGGUAGUGCAGAGUCUUGGACUAAAAAUCGAAUGUAAUACAAGGCGGUUCGUUACGGAUGAUAGGAGGGAGUUGCAGUAUCGAGUAGAGGUUCAGAAUCGAGUCUACCGUAGAGAAAUGGCGCAACUGGAAUUGGAACUAGCUCGAUUAGAGAAACAGCUGGGAGGAGAAUUACCUGGACCAUCUCAAGCAUCUUCGAGUGCUUCUAUACCACCAAGGAAUCCAAGCAUUGGGGGUGGUUUACCACUGUUACUACUGAGCGUGCUACCCCCUGUUAUACCCAGAGCGAGUUGGCCGUCAGCUGAUCCCUCCGGCAUGCGACGAGGAACCGUAGCGUUUAGCAGUCAACCUGACCUGGAGGAUGGCCCACGGAGAAGCUUGGCAGAUAUUUAUAAGCUACAUCAACGCAGAGAGACCGAGGGACCAAAUCGGCUUGGAGUUUUUCAACGCCUCUUCAGCCUCUUCGGCAGUAGACCCAACAGUAGAAAGACCUCCACAGCAUCCUUUACCGGAGUGGCUUCCGCAUUGAGAGUACACAUGGGAUAUAUUGCUGGAUUAGUACCAGGUACUAAGGCAGCAUCCACUUGUCAGGUAGAUGCACAAGGUGCUAGACCACCUCAUCCAAGAUGUGGUUCAGGCCCUAUUAUCAGUAUAACAAGUGAAGAGGAUCGUCGUCUGAGUUUGGGUCUUCGUAGAAAGGAAAGUAGCGAGCCUAGAGUGAACUUCACUUUGCCACCUCAAGCGAGUACCAGUCAGACGUCAUCUCGUGAAAAAAUCCGUGGUUCGCCAAGAUUUCCUCAUCGAAUAGUACCAGCGAAUAGUCUUGGUGCAAUCACAGCUAUCAGCCUGACCCAGCCACAUCGUUGGCACUCGAUGGAGGAUGCCUCAAGGCCCAAGUUGAGCCCUACACCUCGUGGUUCGUCCCUCAGUCCCAACUGCGACGUCUGGGCCACCCGGGAAGUCGGUAUACCGUUAAGUGAACUUGCGAAUAGUAUACGAGGAAGAAAACCUCCGGAAACCCUGCCUCUCACUAUCCCAGCUAGUUCAGAUGUCAGUCCGGAUAGUCGUCUAGGCAGAGACCUCAGGACGCUCUUCAGGGAAAAUGGCGGAACUGAAACAAGUCCUGAGAGUGAGAAAUGCAAAGUAGAUAUGUCACCUACAAUUUUUAACGUUCCCAAUCUGUCUACUGAUAUAACUCCAGUGAUAAAAGGAAAGCAUGAAGUUCUUAUCAAUCCCAUUCUUGUAAGCAAUGGUCAAAGUUCACCUACAACCUUAAGCGACGUAGACUGUCCCUGUCCCCAGAGUCCAAAAGUUCUGGUGACUUCAUUAGCUAGCCCUAUAAGCGAAUCGGCCGAGUUCACUGAGGACAGAACUCGGCCAUCUGAGAGCAUUGAUGAAGAACCGACUUUUAUUUAAUCUUAAUAAGGGUGUUCUUUAGUCAACGUGCCAAACAAGCCCGCAUAAGUAUUCGCAAGAUACAGCUGAAAGAUGCUGGAUGCUGGAGAUCUUCGGUUCUCCAUACUAAACGAGUGAGUCCUAUAUUUGGAUAUCCAUGGAAACUUGCUGGUUCAGGAUUCUGAUUUUACUCACCGAUGGACCGAAUUUCGGCAGGACAAAAAGUGCUUGUCACUCACAUCAUAACCCCUAAAUACAGAGUGGCAAAGUUUAAUUAAAAAAAGAAUUUUCGAGUUGCCCGUGUUUACCUUGUUGACAGUUAACUUUGACAAGACGGUCCGACUUAUCUCGAGGGACCAACAUAUUCGAUGCUCUGUAACUCCAGGCACUUUUUUAAUUAAAAGAGCGUGAGGGUCAGUGGUAAAGAGGCAAUAUCUCUGGGGAAAAAAGGGGUUAGAUAAGACCAGAAUACCUGUGCGGGCCCAAGUCAAAGUGUUCAGAGUCCACACAACCCUCUCUAGUACCUGCACUGAGAAAGCGACGCAAAACGGCGCCACCACUCGAAUUAAUAAUAAUUGUUCCAGAGCAGAAUACAUAUUUAUCGACUAAAAAGAAAAAGAAUCUAAGAAAUAUAUAUAUCAAUAUUUUCAUGCUCCCUUAUUAUAUUAUAGUACCGUAUAAUUAAUAGAAUGCGCGCCGUUUAAUUGCACUGCUCCACGACUCAACCCUAUUUCGUACUUACCUUAUCUCAAUGUGUCAAUCCGUGAAGUCUCUAAGUACUAAGCAAUAAUCAGCAUUGUCUGUGCAAUAAUUGUAAUAAAAAAACAAUAUAUAAUAAAUAUGUAUAUAUAUAUAUAUA